GACUUAUCGGAAAACGGUUCUAGCCAGAGAAAGGACCAAAAUGUUAAGAAGAAUAUUACAGAUGACUCCUGGGAAAGGAGGCUCCCAGAGCUCGGAGUCCGAGCAGCCGUCUGCUGAUAUGAAUAAUGAGUCCUCAGAGGGCUUCAUUUGUCCCCAGUGUAUGAAAUCGCAUAACUCUGCCGAGGAGCUCUUCAAACAUUAUGAGUUGUUUCAUGAGCCAGGAGACCAGCCGUCCCCCUUCAGCCCUGGCAGGGAGGAUCUAACCCUUCUUCGACAGGAAGUCCAAGAUUUACAAGCUUCACUGAAGGAGGAACGCUGGUUUUCUGAGGAAUUGAAAAAAGAAUUAGACAAAGUACAAGGACAACUAGCAACUAACAAAGGUCCACAGAGUGAUGGUACUAGUGAAGAAUCAGAGCUCGAGAGGAGGCUUAACGAAUCUGAGACUGAGAAAUUCAACGUCAAACAGAUGAAAGACUUGUUUGAACAGAAAGCUGCUCAGCUUGCAACUGAGAUAGUUGACAUCAAAUCUCGUUAUGAUGAGGAGAAAAGCAUGAGAGAAGCGUUGGAGCAAAGGCUGGCCAAUUUAAACCAAGAUCUGCAGAAAGAGAAACAGGAGAAGGAGAAACUGGCGACAGAGCUGCUCCAGAGGCCUGGAGUGGAAGACGUGGAGGUGUUGAAGAAGGAGCUGGUGCAGGUGCAGACGCUCAUGGACAACAUGACCCGUGAGAGGGAGGAGGAGUCUGAGCGCCUCAAAAGCCAAUACGAACAGCUGCAGGUCAAUUUCACUACCUCAGAGACAACGAUUGCUCAGUUGAAGGCAGAACUGGAGAAGGGUCCUCAGGAGGCAGCGGUCUACACCCAACAAAUCCACCAAUUACAGAGCAGCCUCAACAACUACCAGCAACAGACCCAGCUUUUGUCAGAGAAGUUAUCUCGUAAGGACAAGGAGAGUCAGGAACUCGAGGAGCGUCUGGGUCAGGAGCAGGCUUCUAAGAAGAGUCUUCAGGCUAGUCUGCACCAGAAAGACCUGGAGCUCCAGGAAAGCCAAGCCCGGGUGUCAUCGGGAGAGGGAGCUCUGAGUCGGGCCCAGGCUGAAUUGACCGAACGUGGGGAGGAGGCUGCACGACUAAGACGGGAACUCGGUGAGCUGGAGAAGAACCACCAGGAUGUGAAGGCAGAGAGGAAGCAACUUCAACAGCAGAGAGAAGAUAAAGAAAACCAGGGCCUGCAGCAGCAAAGUGAGAUCAGCCAGCUGCACGCGAAGCUGCUGGAAACCGAGCGUCAGUUGGGGGAGCUGCAGGGCCGGCUGAAAGAGCAGAGACAGCUGUCAGGAGAGAAACUCAAAGAUCGGGAGCAGCAGGCUGCUGACCUGCAGCUGAAACUCUCCCGCUUGGAGGAACAGUUAAAGGAGAGCUCUACCAAGUCUACUGACCUGCAGCAUCAGCUGGACAAAUCCAAACAGCAGCACCAAGAACUACAAACACUUCAACAGAGCACUAAUGGAAAACUUAGAGAAGCACAGAACGACCUGGAGCAGGUGUUGCGUCAGAUCGGGGACAAGGACCAGAAGAUCCAGAAUCUUGAAGCUCUGCUGCAGAAGAGCAAGGACAGCGUGAGCCAGCUGGAGGCAGAGAGAGAGGAUCUGUGUGCAAAGAUCCAGGCCGGUGAAGGAGAGGCAGCUGUGCUGAACCAACUAAAAGAGAAAAAUCACUCACUACAGGAACAGAUUACGCAGCUUACCGACAAGCUCAAGAACCAGUCUGAGAGCCACAAACAGGCUCAGGACAACCUUCACGAGCAGGUGCAGGAGCAGAAGACCCACCUGCGCUCAGCGCAAGACCGCUGCCAGAGCCUAGAGACCACCAUCUCUGAGCUUACCACACAGCUCACAGAGAGCAAAGAGAAGAUUGCCCAGCUAGACACACAGCUAAAAGCCAAGACUGAGAUGCUGUUGUCUGCUGAAGCAGCAAAAAAUGCCCAGAGAGCCGACUUGGAGAACCACCUAGAGACUGCCCAGAAUGCAUUGCAAGAUAAGCAACAAGAGUUGAGUAAAGUGCAGACUCAGCUGGAGGAGCAGGGCCGCAGGCUGCAGGAGAAGCAAGAGCAGUGCUCUCAGCUAGAGACCAGUCUGAAGGACAGCAGAGACAAACUGCUGACUGCAGAGCAGAGGAUAGAGACACUGGAGACCCAGACCAAGAAAGUAGAAGUAGAGUUAACUGAACUCCGCUCUGGAAGGGAACAGGCUCAGAAGGAGCAGCUGAUGCUGAAGAAGCAGAUUAGUGAGCUGGAGAUGAAGACAAAGGAGCUGAACCAUCUUUUAGACUCUGAGAAACAAGGUGCUGCCACCCAGCAAGAGGAGUUGAAGAAGAAAACGUCAGCCCUCUCCGAAACAAAACAACAGCUGGAGAAGGUAGAGCAGGAGCGUGUAACCCUGCAGGCCAGCCUGGAGAAACUGUCUCAGGAGGGUCAGAAGCAGCAAGCAGGGCUGGACAAGAAAGUUCAGGGUCUGAGUGCAGAUCUUAAGAAAGCUCAGGAGGAGAAGGAAGCUCUGACUAAAGAAAUGGCAACGGUGAAAGAGGCUCUGAGCAAAGCUUCUAAAGCUCUCAAAGAGAACCAGACUCAAUUGGAGGCAGAGAAGAGCAGCAAGACCACUUUGGAGGAGAAGGAGAAGUUUUAUCAGAAAGCACAGAAAGAGCUUCAGAAAAACACAGAGACCGCUUCUAAAGAGCUCAGCCAUGUCAAACGUCAGCUGGAGAAAUCGAUAGAGGCAGAAAAGGGGCUUCAAUCUCAGCUGACCACAAUGAACACUCAACUGAAACAGUCUCAAGAUACACUGAAAGAGAAAGAAAAUAGUGUACAGCAGCUACAGGCAGAGCUGAAGACCACACAGGGGUCCUUAAGCCAGGAAGUGAAGAAAUUUAAGGCGCAAGUGUCUGAACUGCAGACUUCCCUCACUAAAAAGACUGAAGAGGAGGCCAAUCUGAAAGAGCAGGUGACAACAUUGUCUAAAGAUCUCAACUCUGAGAAGAAUCGCUGUGCAGAGCUGCAGAAGACCAGUGACAGCACCAAAGAAAGUCUCGACACCAUUCAGUCCGAUUACUACGGCAAAGAGUCUGAGCUCUCUGCUGUACGCCAGGACCUCAAGGUGUGUGAGGAGAAGCUGGUUCUAGCUCAGGAGGAGCUUGUGGCCAACAGAAACCAACUUGGUGCUCAUGAAACCCAGAUCCAGGAUCUAAAGAUGGCCCGCACUGAGCUGGAGAAAGACCUCAGCAAGAGAGACGAGAAGAUCAAACAGCAGGUGGAGGCUCUACAGAAGCUCCAGAAACAACAGGAACAAACUGAGGAGCAGCUGAAGAAGGAGAAGGCUCAAUGCGAGGAGCUCAAAGAGUGCCAGAGCACUCUGGAGAAGGACAAAAACAAACUGUCAGCUGAUCUUAAAGCUCUGGUGGAGAAGAAUGAGAAGGAGCUGAAGGAGCUGCAGGCAGCGAAGCAAUUGUUGAUCCAGCAGAAGGUGGAGCUGCAAGGGAAGGUGGAGGCAGCUCAAGCAUCUCUGGAGCAGGAACAGAGAGAGCAUCAGAAGACCAGAGACUCCAUCAAACAAAAACAGCAGCAGCUCAAAACUGAGACGGACAAACUACAACAGCAACUGGCAUCAGAAGUGAAGGCUAAAGAGGAGGUGGAGAAGCAGAGGGAAGAGGCGGAGGUGAAGAUGUCUAUGCAGGUGGCGGCACUGAACGAGAAUGUGGCGACGCUGAAGCGGGAGUGGCAGAGCAGCCAGAGGAGGGUGGGUGAGCUGGAGAAACAGACGGAUGAGCUGAGAGGGGAGAUCGCCGUGCUGGAGGCCACCGUCCAGAACAACCAGGACGAGAGACGUGCACUGCUGGAGAGGUGUGUCCAGGGUGAGGGUGAGAUCGAGAAGCUUCAGGCUAAGUUGUUGGAGAUGCGCAGGAAGUUGGAUGACACUACAGCUGCCAUGCAGGAGCUUGGCCGGGAGAACCAGUCCUUACAGAUAAAACAGUCGCAGUCUCUCACGCGAAAGUGGGCGGAAGAUCAUGAGGUGCAGAACUGUAUGGCUUGUGGGAAAGGCUUCUCUGUCACUGUCAGAAAGCACCACUGUCGACACUGCGGCAACAUCUUCUGUGCGGAGUGCUCCGCCCGCAAUGCCCUGACACCCUCCUCCAAGAAGGCUGUCCGAGUUUGUGACAAUUGCUUUGAGGAGCUCCAGGGCUGAUCUCCCUCCCUCCCAACUCCAUCCCCUGCAGCCCUCUGCGCCCCGCUCGCCCUGACCUCUUCCCAGCAAACAUGAGCAACCAGGAGAGGCCAGCCGAGGGCAGACGCAGAAGCUGCAGGGACCACUGAGGAACAGCAUGUCACGGUGGUCACUCGAUGCUGCCAAUCAGAUAGAGGGAACACUAAAUUAAACCGCCCAGAACGGCUGUCCUCAUCUGUCCAGUGCCUUUGCCAUGUAUGGGGCCACUUUCAGACCCAGAGGAAUCAAAAGGGAGGGACCUCUUAAGCAGAUGUAUAAUUUGUAAUAUAAAAACCAGUUCCUUACAGAAGUUUUGUGCUAAAGUACAGCAGCUUUGGCACUCAGGAUUGAGUUUUACAUUGAUAUCGUCUUUUAAAAGAUUUAAGUGUAAGAGAUGUGGGUCGGAGCGAAUCUGAGUAGAACCAAAGCUGUUCGCAGGGUCUUUAUUUGAUAUAUCAUAUUUGUAAGUAAAUGUACAGACAAAAGAGGCACAUGUGAAUAAUUCAGAUAUAACUGUCACUCUAUGGAGACUGUAUCAUUCUUCAUUCAAUGUGGGCAUGUUAACAAGGUAUGUGGGUGUAACGUACAUGCUUGCUUUGCUGCUCUUAUGUCUGUUGAAAUGAAACACUUGAUGUUUGUUUUGCAUUCAUAAUCUCACCAGUAGAAGUUGGUGAUUCUUUCAAAGAUUUGCGCACACAAAUAUGUCUUUUUUUUGUUUUCUUUUAUCAAUUUGUACAUGUUGGAUGUACGUGCCCUGCUUUUAAGCAAUAACUGUGCAUUGGGUGUGAUUGUUUGUGUGAUAGUAUAUUGAAAAUGAAUGACAGACCGCUGAUUGUGUUUGAAAUAUCAGCUGCUACAUUUCUCUUUAACUUGAGCGGUUUCUCUCAUUCAUGGCUUCUACGCAAUUGAGCGAAUACAACGCUGUGAGCCAACACUUUAGACUAAAAGAGGUGGUUCACCUAAAAAAUUUUAAUUGUCGCCAUUUAUUCACCCUCUUGUGAUUCCAAACAUGUAUGAUAGACUUUCUUCUGCAAAAUAUAAAAGUAUGUUGAGAACUAAACAGUGACUUCCAUUGUAUUUUUGUCCAUACAAUGAAAGUCAAUAGGUACUGAAACGGUUUAGUUACCAACAUUUAAAAAAAAUAAUUUGUCGUCUUUUCUUUAUUUGUUAAGCAAAACACAAAAGAAGAUAUUUUGAAGAAAGCUGACAACUAAACAAACAAAAAAAAUGUUUAUGUCCAUACAAUGGAAGUCAAUGGGAACCAAAACUAUUUACCAACAUUCUUCAAAGUAUCUUAUUGUAUGUCUUGUUUGUGUGUUUAGUUACCAACAUUCUGUUUUGUGGAUUACAAAAGAACAUAUUUUGAAGAAUUUUGAGAACCAAACAGUAACUUGUAUUUUUGUCCAUACAAUGAAAAUCAAUGGGAACUGAAACUCUUUAAUUAACAUUUCUCAAAAUAUUGUUUGUCUUUUUUUUUUCUUUGUUUGUUUUGCAGAACACAAAAGAAGAUAUUUUGAAGAAUGUCGAUAACCAAACAAAAGUCAAUGGGAACCGAAGUGCUUUAUUUACCAACAUUAUAUCAAAAUAUCUUCUUAUGUCUUGUUACUGUUUUAGUUGCCAACAUACUUCAAAAUAUCGUCUUGUUUUCCUUGUUUUUUUGUUUUUUUUUAACAGAACACAAAAUAUAUUUUGAAGAAUGUUGAUAACCAAACAAACAAACAAACAAAAAUGUCCAAACAGUGGAAGUCAAAUGGAAAUGGAAUAUUUCUUCAAAAUAUUUGAUGUCUUGUUUUCUUUGUGUUUUGUGGAUGACAAAAGAAGACCAAAACAGUUUCACUUCCCAUUGAAUGUCAAUGGGGUCCAAAAGACAUUGUUUUGGACCCCAUUGACUUCCAUUGUAUAGACAGACACUUUUCAAAAUCUCUCCCCAUCAUGGAGAAUGACAGAAUUUUUUGGUGAACUAUUCCUUUAUUAGAAGCUAAAAGUGUGGCGAGCGUCAUUGUACGUGCUUAGCGUAGAACUAAAUGUGAGCGAGUGCACUGCAAUUAACUGCUGUAAAGUAUGCUUCACUGUAUGUGGAUUAUGCAAUAGCCACGUUCUGUUUUCGCUCUGCUUAAUAGAUUGUACGCGGCUUGCAGCGUCGAUGCCGCUGUUUGCUGUCAGUGUGAUUCUGAGGUAUUGAUUAGUUCCUGUUUGUGUCGGUAGAUGGAUUCAGGAGCAUAAUGCAUAGUGAUUCAUAUGUAUUCCAGGAUGAAUCAAAAGUGUCUCAGGAUGUUUUGCGCUCAUCACCAGCUCAGUCAUGUGACGUGAUUUCAGAAAAUUGAAUAUUAUAUGAAUAACAGCCCUUUAACUUGAUUUUGGAUGAAAUGUGUGCUGCAGUCAACAACAGUAUGAUAGAAGCCACUCAGUGCCAUAUAACUGGUCAAAACCCUCCAUCUGACAUCACUUCCUGUUUUCUCUUACCAUUAACAAUGCUGUAAUUAUUAGCAAAGUGUUUGAAGAAAAACGGGUUGUGCAGCUUGCAAAUAAAGCUAAUUUGUGACCGCAUAUGCAAAGUGCAUCACUUGUAGGUUUUUGAAUCAGCACAGCUCACUAACAGUAUGCAUUAUUAUUAUUGAUCGAUUAAUAGUUUUUGAUGUGCUGAACAGCAGGGUGUUCACAUUCAUGUUGUGGUAAUGUGUUUGUGUGCCUUAUAUCAAGGUUUGUUUUUUGUCACAUUGGUGCAUUUUUGAAUGCAGACACGUCUUAACAGGCAAAACCCAUCAGAUACAUGUUAAUUUGUUUAGCAGGUUUCUACGUAUUUGUGAUGUGAAAGCAGUAUCAGAAAUGGAUGAAAAAAUCAAUCAGAAUAUACUAAAUGAGUUAGAAAAUAAAAAGAUUGCAAAAGUGUAAAAUAUCACAUACCGAAGGUGAUUUCCGGUUAAUUGGUUUGUUCGCCUGAAGGUCCUGACUCUAAAGAAGAACAGCUGAACUACUUCACCACCCAAGGUUUUUUUGUUUGAGGAAAAAAAUUGUUCAAUGGUAUUAUGUUUUCUAAUUUUUCAUCAUGUUUAAAAGUAAAUAAUAAACUAGCUGUUUCUAUUUUC